ACAGCCCGCGACCCCGAAAUGGCGGGUUGCGGAAUGUUCUCGGGCCGCUAGUGGGAUUGGGCUGGGGACUGAGCUGCCAAGGCCCCGCGCUCCCGGACCCCGGCGUCUUGGGGCGCCGCUCGCGGGGCCUCGCGCUUUCCCGACAUCGACCCCGGGAGCGCGGGAACCCGGACCUUCCUUCCUCCCCGCGGGGGCGAGAGGCGUGGCGACUUCAUAGCCGAGCCCAGAAAGAGGGAAGUGGCGUCCACGGAAGCCGGAGCUGGGUGGAGUGACCUUGGGGAGAAGAUCCACUCAUUGGUUUUGUACCAAGCCUGACAAGGCCUCAGUUGUCAAAGGUGGCACCAGGAGGAUGUCACACAUAGGAGUAAAACUAUUCCUAGAGCAAAUGAUGAUGAGACAUCUGAAGGUGAAUGCAUGCUUGUACCCACACGUGGAGGCUUUGUGGGAGACUAAGGGGUCUGUGAAAGAGAGCUCCAGUCAGAGUAAGAAAUCCAGCCCACAGAUGGACAGUCUUGGUCCUGAGAGCGCUCGCCAGCACUUCCGGAGCUUCUAUUAUCAUGAAGCACCUGGACCGCUUGAGGCUGUCAGCCAACUGCAGGAAUUAUGCCAUCAGUGGCUGAGGCCAGAGAUCCACUCAAAAGAGCAGAUCUUGGAAUUGCUGGUGCUAGAGCAGUUCCUGACCAUUCUGCCCAGGGAUAUCCAGAACUGGGUGCAGAAGUAUCAUCCACAGAGCAUCAGAGAGGCUGUGGCCCUGGUAGACCGUUUUCAGAAAGAACAUGGUGGAAUAAGUAAUGAGGUCACAGCCCAUGAGCUGGGAAAGGAGGCAUUGCUCUUGGGAGAAACAGCAGUGGCCCCAGGCUUUAAGUGGAAGCCAGCAGAGCCCCAACCAAUGGGUGUGUUCCAGAAAGAAUGUUGGAAUACAUACCGGGUACUGCAAGAACAGCUGGGCUGGAAUACUCAGAAAGAAACCCAGCCUUUAUAUGGAAGAGCUGUGCCUGCUCAACAGAUUCUAGCCUUUUCUGAGCAGGAAAGCACCCCAAGCUGGAAGAUGGCAUCUGAGCUCAUCCUGCCUGAGUCCCAGAGUCUGUUGACAUUUGAAGAUGUGGCCUUGUUUUUUACCGAGGAAGAAUGGCAAUUACUGGACCCUGCUCAGAAGAUCCUCUACCAUAAUGUAAUGCAGGAAAACUAUGAGACUGUCAUCUCUCUAGGGUUAAAGCUCAAAAAUGACACUGGAAAUGACCAACCUAUGUCUCUUUCUACAUUAGAAAUACAAGCAUCAGGAUGCAAAGUAUUAAGAAAGGCCAGAAUGAAAGUUGCCCAGAAAACAACGGGCAGAGAAAAUCAUGGUGGUACACACAGGGUACGGAAACGGCAUCGAGCUUUUCCAGGGAAGAAAAGAAAGAAACUUACAACUUGCAGACAAGAGCUUCCAAAACGUAUGGAUCUUCAUGGGAAAGGCCAUGCAGGAGAGAAACCUUUUAAAUGUCAGGAAUGUGGGAAAAGCUUCAGGGUUAGCUCUGACCUAAUUAAGCACCAGAGAAUUCACACUGAAGAGAAACCCUAUAAAUGUCAACAAUGUGAUAAGAGGUUUAGGUGGAGUUCAGAUCUUAAUAAGCACUUACUGGCACACCAAGGAAUAAAACCAUAUAGAUGCUCAUGGUGUGGGAAAAGCUUCAGUCAUAACACAAAUCUACACACCCACCUAAGAAUUCACACAGGAGAAAAACCCUUUAAAUGUUAUGAAUGUGGGAAAAGAUUCAUUCAGAACUCCCACCUUAUUAAACACCAGAGAACCCACACAGGUGAGCAGCCUUAUACUUGUAGCAUAUGCAGGAGAAAUUUUAGCAGGCGGUCAAGCCUUCUUAGACACCAGAAACUCCACAGGAGAAGGGAAUCGUGUCCAGUGUCUCCAGUCUGAAGAAAGCCAGCAGCUAGAGCUUGACCCUAGAGGUGAUAAAAGAAUACAAAAUGAUGAGGCACCCAGUGAUAGGAAUCUAUCAUCAACAAAAUUUGGGAGGGGCACAUGUUAUGUUUCAUAAAAAGGAAUCUAAACUCUCUUUUAUUCAGCAUUGUAUCCUCAGUGCCUCCUAGCACAAGACUGAUCCAUAAUGACUUCUUUAUAAAUAAAAGAGUGAAAUAGUUCUCAUAUAUCUAAAGUUACCUAUCUAUUUCUAACUAUCUGUAUCUGUCUGGUUACUCAGCUUCCCCACCCCCCGUGAUCUAAAUUCUUCAGGUAUCAGGUGCUCAGCAAAUAUGUGAUGGCCAUGAGUCCUACUCCCAUUCUUUCUCAGGAGAGACGGAAAAUAAGAGUAUUCAGGUCCUCUGAAGGGAGCUCAGAGAGAAUUACUAAGUUUGAGGCAGUUUCUGUGGCUACCAUUCUGGCUACACGAACAACCAAACCAGGGUUCAGGGAACUUCAUUCUGGAAUAGGAAGAGAGGGUUCAGUGUUUGCCCUGGGAGAAGUACCCCCAUUCUAGUUGCCUCUCUCCUGAGCAGCCACUACUGCUGCAGUGUUUUCUGUCAAAGGAAUUCCAAGCAGCACACAGAGGCCUGAAUGCCAGCACAGACCUAGGGACCCUGGAAGCACUUGAUAUCUUUCUUCCUGCUGGUCCUCUCAACACUGAGGUAUUCAGAAUGAAAUGAUGAAGGAGGUAAUCGGGGCCCUCAUCCAGGUAUCUGUAGAAGGCAGAGGGCAGUGGUGAAUGGCCUUUUUUUGACUUUCACUAUGUGGACUGGAAGGCUUUCAAGUUGAUGCCACCCUGCUCCAGGACCUAUCAGGAGGCCCAUUUUUAUGGCUGUUCAGCCACAGCCCCAUAUACAUGGAUGCUUUGCAGGAAGGUCUGGAGAUUUUGCAAACUGAUUUACUAGAGUGGUAAGGAGAGCCACGUGGCCUCAUGGCCUCGUAGCCUCGGUGAACAUUGGAUGUGAGGAGGGAGUGUCCAGUCAGAGCAGGGUGAGGCCUGUGACUUAGAGUGAUGGCUCAGUGAGAGCCAGGUCAGACAGAAACUGGUUUGUUCAUGGUGGUUCCUUUUCCUUCCCCAUUGGCCUGAGGUUGCGCAGUUGGCCCUCUAUAUCCACAGGUUCCACGUGCACAGAUUCAACCAACCGCGGAUCAAAAAAAUUCCAGAGCUUAGGAAAGCCGCGACACGUGGCUUGCGCGAUCUUAAUUCCCCGACCAGGGAUCGAACCUGCGUCCCCCUGCAGUGGAAGCACGGAGUCCUAACAACUGGACCGCCAGGGAAUUCCCUGUUUAGCAUUUAGAAAGAAGAGAUGGAUUCAAAAGUUGAAGGAAGUACCGCGUGGAUGGAGCCCGCAGUUACUGCCCCUUCAUGAGAUUCAGCAAAGUUCCUGAAAACGGGUCAGCAAAAGGGCACUCUGUUUUCCCAAAGCUGCCAUCCUCAGUUACAACACCUUUUAGCUUCAGAGCUCAUCUUCCAGGUCCUCGUCUAUGCUGACCUUCCCAGGAGAGGUCAGAAGCAUGGAACAUGGGUCCUGUUUUAGAGAUUUUUUUUUAAGGCAAGUGGCAGGAAGACCUUUAGAUGUGAAUGGGCAGAAACAGGAAAAGAAUCGAGGAUUCCUGGUUCCAAGUUCAGAUACUCCAGCACCCUUUGAACACAGGGGCUCCAGGAAGAAUGGACAUUCUUGUCCCAGCUGUUGUGGCACAGGAUGUAGAAGUUGGGGCUCCUAGCUGACUCAUUAGUACCUCUUCUUCCCUAUCAACCCUCUGCCACAGCCUCGCAGGGGCUCCUUGCUCAUGCAUCCUGACCACUCACAUCAGCCCUCAUCAUCUCAGACAAAGAAGAGACGUGGGCACUAAGGAAGGAAAUGGCAGGAGGGAAUGGAGGGGAGAUGUCAUUCUGCUUCAUACUCACCUGCCACCUCCCCAGCGUGUGGCUGAAAGACGAGAACUCUGAUGCUUUUCUGAGGACACAACAGGAAGACAUCACACAAAAGCCCGGGGGCUGGAGACACAGGCCGGAUAUUCACUCGGGACAGAACGGAGAGGCAGAACACUCCAACUUCAGAUCCCACAGGCGGAGAUGGCACUGAGGAGACGAAAGCUGACCUGAGCCAGGCUCUGGUAUGGCCGUGUGCGACUUGGGGUGACAAGAAGGAACUGACUCCGACCCAAGGACUGCAGACACCUCAGAGGAACUCGAGUUUGGUAGCAGAAGAUGUCAUGGCUGGGAGCAUCCUCUCUUCAGGUCCACUGGGUAAUGUCAGCGAUUGUGGUCUCAAGAUCCAAUUACCCCGUGAAAGCUGCAAGGCAAUUCAGUCCCAGAUGACUCUGAAGAAAGACAAAUGGGAUGAUAAGACACAUUGUUUUUCGAGUUUCUUUCUUCAACUACCAUUUCUUGGAGAUCUUUCCAGGAUAGGAAAACUAAUUAUUGUCAUCCUAUCAAUUCUUCCCAAAAUACAUCUAUGAAUUCAGUGCAAACAUAGUCAUGAACCUCAACAGGAUCUUGCCAUGAAAUGAGCCGACUGAAGAGACUCUAUGUGGAAACAGCCAUGAUGGCCACCUCAGUCGGUCGUGCUCUCUUCCUGAAGCCAUCUGUGGCGUCAACCAGUCAUGGAUAAAGGAGCCUCUGAAGUCAGUUCCAGGACGCCCUACCCAUCGUCAGAAGGAUGGCAGAUGAAUACCUAAAACCCUCCCUGGCCUCCAAAAACAUAAUGAGUUUUUUACUCGGUAAGCAACUGGGGAGGCACAGAAAUGAUGUGAAUUUGUCCAAAUGGCUGUGGAUGCUGACACGAGCUGCACCAGGAUGGAGCUGGCCAUUGCCAAAAAGUUGUAUAACCUACCUGCUUAUGCCUAUCUGUAA